UCCUCCUCCUUCCUCCUUUCUUUUUCCCUUCCCUCUUCUUCUUUCUGCCCUGCCCCUCUUUUCUUGUCCCCUCCCGGGUCCUGCCAGCUCUGAGAACAUGAGGUCCUGUUCCCCACUCCCUCUGCCCCACCCAGAAGGCACUAUCCAGUCACUGACCAUAACCUUGUAGAGCACAGUAGGUCUUGAGUGCAGCCACUUGGACGGCUGAUUGGGAACUCAGCCUCCGAUGGUCCUAACAACCCUUUGGGUUUUGCAGGAUCUUUGGGAAGCAAAACCUUUUACCUAGGACUUAUGACUUGGCCUUCUGGUCCAUUAGUAUCAUCCAUCAGUUCACCCGAUUUCCAUUAAUGACCGCAUCUAGAACCACAAGAAACUUGAAAUGGGUUGAUCUGCUGUCUUGAGGCCCAGCUGGGAGGGUAUGCCAGCCAAAGAGAGGGCUGGGGCGCCCGGCGUGACGGUCGGGAGCUGAAGCACACAAGCAGCCCAUAAGGUUGGGAUCCUCCGCCUCCAAGUAGCGCGACUAGAGCUCUUCCACGCACCGAGCAGCCUCGGACAGCGCGGCCGCUUUAAGAGAGGGGCGGGGCCCGGGUACAGGCAAGUCAGGGCCAGCCCACAAGGCUCCUUUUCCUUUUUGAUCCAUUCAAAAAUUACUCAUUGCAAAUUCCCGGACUGCUAGGCGAGGAGAGGGAAGGGGGCGGAGGAGACAGGGCUACUGCAGGCGCAGCGCUGGGGGCAGCCGGGGGCCCGAGUGGCUAAGGCUGGUCCCGCAGCGGCCGCUCGCCGGCGUUCUGGCUCCUGUGGCCUCACCAGGAAGCGUCAGAGUCUCGACACUGGGGAAGCUCGGAGCGCCGCCUCCGCCGCCGCCGCCUCCUGCCUGGCUCUGGGUCCCCGAGCCCCCUCCUCUGGCCGAGCCCGACUCCCUCCUCCUUCCCGGACCAUCCGGCUCGGGCUCCUUCCCUGGCGAUGGCUGGCCGCUGAGCCAUGGCUCAGUACGGCCAACCCAGUCCGCUCGGCAUGGCUGCGAGAGAGGAGCUGUACAGCAAAGUCACCCCCCGGAGGAACCGCCAGCAGCGCCCCGGCACCAUCAAGCAUGGAUCGGCGCUGGACGUGCUCCUCUCCAUGGGGUUCCCCAGAGCCCGCGCACAAAAAGCCUUGGCAUCCACGGGAGGAAGAAGUGUUCAGGCAGCAUGUGACUGGUUGGUUAUUCUCCCACGUCGGUGACCCCUUCCUGGAUGACCCCCUGCCCCGGGAGUACGUCCUCUACCUCCGUCCCACUGGCCCCUUAGCACAGAAGCUUUCCGACUUUUGGCAGCAGUCGAAGCAGAUCUGUGGGAAGAACAAGGCACACAACAUCUUUCCCCACAUCACACUCUGCCAGUUCUUCAUGUGCGAGGACAGCAAGGUGGAUGCCCUGGGGGAAGCCCUGCAGACCACCGUCAGUCGCUGGAAAUGUAAGUUCUCCGCCCCGCUGCCCCUGGAGCUCUAUACGUCCUCCAACUUCAUUGGCCUCUUCGUAAAGGAAGACAGUGCGGAGGUCCUCAAGAAGUUUGCUGCUGACUUUGCUGCAGAGGCUGCAUCCAAAACCGAAGUGCAUGUGGAACCUCAUAAGAAGCAGCUACAUGUGACCCUGGCUUACCACUUCCAAGCCAGCCACCUACCCACCCUAGAGAAACUGGCCCAGAACAUUGACGUCAAGCUAGGGUGUGACUGGGUGGCUACCAUAUUUUCUCGGGAUAUCCGAUUUGCUAACCAUGAGACAUUACAGGUCAUCUACCCCUAUACCCCACAAAAUGACGACGAGCUGGAGCUGGUCCCCGGGGACUUCAUCUUCAUGUCUCCAAUGGAGCAGACCAGCACCAGCGAGGGUUGGAUCUACGGCACGUCCUUAACCACCGGCUGCUCUGGGCUCCUGCCUGAGAAUUACAUUACCAAGGCUGAUGAAUGCAGCACCUGGAUAUUUCAUGGUUCUUACUCAAUCUUAAAUACAUCAUCGUCCAACUCUCUCACAUUUGGGGAUGGAGUAUUGGAGAGGCGGCCGUAUGAGGACCAGGGGCUCGGGGAGACGACUCCUCUUACUAUCAUCUGCCAGCCCAUGCAGCCGCUGAGGGUCAACAGCCAGCCUGGCCCCCAGAAGCGAUGCCUCUUUGUGUGUCGGCAUGGUGAGAGGAUGGAUGUUGUGUUUGGGAAGUACUGGCUAUCCCAGUGCUUCGAUGCCAAAGGCCGCUACAUACGGAGCAACCUGAACAUGCCUCAUAGUUUACCUCAGCGGAGUGGUGGUUUCAGAGAUUACGAGAAAGAUGCUCCCAUCACUGUGUUUGGAUGCAUGCAAGCGAGACUAGUGGGCGAAGCCUUAUUAGAGAGCAAUACCAUUAUCGAUCAUGUCUAUUGCUCCCCGUCCCUUCGCUGCGUUCAGACUGCACACAAUAUCUUGAAAGGUUUACAACAAGAAAAUCACUUGAAGAUCCGUGUAGAGCCCGGCUUAUUUGAGUGGACAAAAUGGGUUGCUGGGAGCACGUUACCUGCAUGGAUACCUCCAUCGGAGUUAGCUGCAGCCAACCUGAGUGUUGAUACAACCUACAGACCUCACAUUCCAGUCAGCAAAUUAGUUGUUUCAGAAUCCUAUGAUACUUAUAUCAGUAGAAGUUUCCAAGUAACAAAAGAAAUAAUAAGUGAAUGUAAAAGUAAAGGAAAUAACAUCCUGAUUGUGGCCCACGCAUCUUCCCUUGAAGCUUGUACCUGCCAACUUCAGGGCCUGUCACCUCAGAACUCCAAGGACUUCGUACAAAUGGUCCGAAAGAUCCCAUAUCUGGGAUUUUGUUCCUGUGAAGAAUUAGGAGAAACUGGAAUAUGGCAGCUGACAGAUCCACCAAUCCUUCCUCUUACCCAUGGACCAACUGGGGGCUUCAACUGGAGAGAAACCUUGCUUCAAGAAUAAACCACACCAGUGAACAAGACGGAAAGGCCUUUUGGAGACGUGUCUUUUUGUGUGUUUAAAAAUCCACACCACACUCUAAGUGGACAGCUCAGAAUAAUUUAGCAUUUCCUUUCACACUUAAAGUUCUUAAGAUGAGACUAUGUAAAUGAGAGAAAGACUUGAUUCAGAGGAAAAAAAAUGUGUUCUCUCUGGACUCUUGCCUAGCUCACAAGGCUUUGGAGAAUUGUCUCCCUAACUUGGGGCACCUGCUACAGAAGAGAAUGUUUCGUUCCUUCCAGGUAUGCACAGCUAAGGGGCCUCAUUCCUCCCAGAGGGAGCUGCUGGCCCGCUCUAAGGGGUACAGGAGGAAGGAGUGUGCCCAGACCAGCUGGGGGAGCAUUGAAAGGGCAGUUUGGGGAUGGAAUUUUUUUUUGAUCUCCAUUUUCCAGUUAGGCAGAGCCAAGCUGAGGAAUCCUUUUAAGAUUAUUAGAAAACAUGCCCUGAAGAGAGUUGUUCUUAGGUUACACGUGAAAUCCUACCCUCAUAGCCCCCAUACACCGGUGUUGCUGGCUGAAGACACCUGCUUAAGGAUGCUAACAUUUACCCUGGUACUGCCACAUUCUCUCUAGAGCAGCUGGCCCUUCUUGCUACAGCCCUUCCCACCCCCUUGCUUCUGUGAAAUGGAGAGACAAAGCACUUUUGCUCUCCAAAGCACUUUUGGAUACUCAGGAGGAAAGAUAAGAUACGUGUUUGAAGUAUUCAAUCAUAGGAGCAAAGAACUUGCAAAAUAUGAAGUGACUUGGAAUUACCCGUGUUGUAGCCUAAUGUGCUACUGCAUUUCUAAAUCACCAAUAUUUGCUUGUCUUUGCCUAGGGGCAAAGCCUAGACUCUAGACUCAUAGUCUAGACUCUAGACUAUGUUAACUAGUUAAGGAUGUUACAUUUUGAAAGGAUGUAUGUUAGAUAUAUUACUUGCAGCAAGAAGUUCACUCUGUGCAAUAUGGACGUGUUUGCAAACCAUACCAAGGGUCAGGUUGCUGUACACUUACAGUACAUGUCAACCAUAACAGAACAUCCACAAAUGCAUCAAUUAUACCAGGGAUGUAUAGUAAGUCAGGGAACUAAUAUAAAUGAUGACAGUCAUGGCUGCACUGCUACUUGUGCUGUCGUUUUGUUUGUUUUUCUAUGAUAAUUUAAAAUAUAUAGGUAGGGCUACUUGAGGAAAUUUGGAGAGCCACAUUCUGUGGUUUCUCAUUAUACUUCCUGCAUUUAGAGGGAGUUUAUUUAAAAGAAAAAUAAAUGACAAUCAAACCAAAUCAUCAGUUAUCAAUGUCUGUUUAAUUGUGUGACUAUCUGACUGUUGAUGGCCACAGACGAUGGUCUCCUAUGGUAUAGUUCACUCUGUAGAAGAUGUAUGCAAAGUGAAACGCCAGCCCUUUAAAGAAACAGUAGUUAGUGUAAAAUGAAUGUUUGUAUGUUGCAGUAGCAUUGACUGUGUUUCAAAACUCAGAUGCAUAAAACAUGAGGUAUAUAAAAAUAGAUCUAUGCCUGUAUUUGAAACUACAACUUGAUAACCCCUAGAAAGAAGAGGACAUGAAAGGAUGCUGGCUAUAUAUGUUAAUCAGCAAAAGGAUUACAGUUGUUUUGUUCUGUUUUUAGAGACAGGGUCUCACUAUAUUGCUUAGGCUGGUCUUGAACUCCUGGGCUCAAGCGAUCCUCCUGCCUCUGUCUCCUAAAGUGCUAGGAUUACAGGUGUGAGCCACCACACCUGGCCCAUAGUUGUAUUUUUUUAGGUCACUUAGAAAAAUAUGUCAUGCAUUUUACAUUUUGAGAAACAAAUCAUGGUUUCUUCUAGCAUUGCACAAACAUUGACCCAGCUUCUGGGUAUGGAAAUAACCCUGUGGUGACAUGUUAAUAUAAAAUGUUGGGGGGGAAUAUUCCCAGUAAAGGUCUUAAAAGAAAAGUCACAUUACAGCUAAUGUAAUGGCCCUACCAUUCAUUCUUCUGGUAUUUGUAACGAAGUGAAUCUACUGUUUAAUCAGAUCCAUAAUCUUUAACAGAUUCACCACAAAUUUUUUGUGGGCGUUGAGUGCUCAGAAUAAUGCUUGAACGCCUCACCUGGAAACUGUAGCAGUGUGUUCUGGGCAGUAUCUGUAAUGUAUGAAAUAGAGUCUGGAAUAGGUUAUCCACUCCAUCUCUCUAGGUUAUCUUAGUCAUAUGAUGGCCUGAUAAAUCUGUCUGACUGGGCUACAAUCCAUUGUUCUUAGUCCAAUAUGGACACUGCCUUAGGCAAUGGUCUAUAUAAGCAAAAGGAGAUAGAGAUCUGAAAUAAUUUUCUGAAUAAUUUAGGUGGAAAACAAGAAAGAGUGUAUUUCUCUGCUUUCAUUUCAAUUUCAUUAUUUCAAAUUGCUUAUCAAAACGGCCCAAAAGAUCUGAAUUCACAUUAAGUUCUCCUUGCACACUUACCUACUUAAAAAACUAAACUUGGGCCGGGCGCGGUGGCUCACACUUGUAAUCCCAGCACUAUGGGAGGCCGAGGCGGGCGGAUCACGAGGUCAGGAGAUCAAGACCAUCCUGGCUAACACGGUGAAACCCCGUCUUUACUAAAAAUACAAAAAAUUAGCCGGGCGUGGUGGCGAGCGCCUGUAGUCCCAGCUACUGGGAGGUUGAGGCAGGAGAAUGGCGUGAGGCAGGAGAAUGGCGUGAACCCGGGAGGCGGAGCUUGCAGUGAGCCCAGAUCGCGCCAACGCACUCCAGCCUGGGUGACAAAGUGAGACUCCUUCUCAAAAAUAAAAAAUAAAAAUAAAAAUAAAACAAACUAAACUUGCACUGCAACUGAGAAAUUAUUUGGAAAUCAUGUGGAAUCUAUGUAUAAUCAAAGAAACAGACAGCUAUAUUACUCAAUUUCAUAUACAUCCAAAAAGUAUAGGCUAAUAUUAUAUAUAACCUGAAGUUGCAGCUGGUUCUUUUUGAUCUGAAGCUGAUGCUUAUUAGAACAAAUGAUAUAUGGGGACAGGAGAAGGAAGGAAGGGCAAGGAAGGAAUUGACAGAUAAGAAGCAAAUGGUUUCUUGUAGAGAGGAAUUUUGUUUUAAUGUAGAAAGUUAUUUGAAAUGAACUAGGUGAAAUGAAAUUAACUAAAGGUUUUAAUCUGGGAUUGAAAGCCUGAAACCGUUUCCUGCUUCUACAAGUGUGCCACAUCAAUCCGGUAAUGCCCCAGUAUUAGUCACAGAUAGAACUUUGUUUCCUGUGAUUUUAAAAUACCGCAUCUGUUCCUCCAUGGACUAGAGUAAUUGGCACAUUUUAAUGCAUAUGCUGGGGGUUUCAUUUUCCCAGGCUCCCUUCACCAUCACUGCAUUGGUAGCUAGGAGCUUAUUGCUUCACCCCAGUAUGGAGUUCAGAUGACAGUGUUUUCCAUUACAUUUAGAUUCAUAGAAUCUGAAUGGCUGAUUAAAUGGCCAUCUGAUGGCUGAAAGAGGGGCGUAUUUUUCACUCUGUAGUGAAAGGCUUGGAGGAGUUUCUACUUUUUAUUUUAAUUAUACUUUAACCAAAGAAUUAUUUUAAAGUAACCUUAUAUUUGAAAGAUGAUUUUGCAAAAAAUAAAAAAUAAAAAAUAUGUCUUCUGGAGUGAUGUCUGUUUGGUAGAUCAUUGUGGAUAAUUUCCUUGUUAGUGGUAUUUGGAAUGCACAUAGAGUGUCCUGUCACUGUGUUUAGCGUUACCAUCAAUGUAUCUUUUCCACUCAACUAGCUGUAUUCGUAUUAAAAUGAAGUCUGUUAUUUCAAUUACCUAGUGUCGUUGGGAACUAAUUGAACAGCUACAGUAAGAGAAGUUCCUAUCUCAUUGCCUUUGUGGAAAGGCUUCCCUAUGUGGUAAAAGGAAGGCAUUCCUCCGUAACCUAGGCACUCUGCAAGUCCAGUGUUUAAUUUCAAAGCAGUGAUGAAUUGCUCUUUUGAAAUUACUCUAAGUAAUCCAUGUGUUAGAAUACAGAUGAACCUCCAUUUGAUUUCACAGGCUUCAGCACAGACAACUGUUACUGAGUCUGCACGAACUUAGAUAAUGAGGUGCAGGGUUAUUUGCAUUUAAAUUGUAAUCCAGCACACGUGUGAGAGAGAAGAGGCGCUAGUCUAAAAGGCUGCCUUGCGGGGAGAAAUGAGACAGGCGGAGGAGGGUGGGGUAAGGAGCGAUUUAACAUCUAUUUAGGUUAAUGUUCACUUUACAAAGGUGAUGGGGAUAUUUUGUUAGGUGAUAGCAGAUGCUUUUCAUUUUUAAACAUAGGAUUAAAAUUGGAUUUGCUUCUCUUUAAUACUUCAACAUAUUGAAUUUUCCUAGGAAAGUGACUAGCUAUAAUGAAAAUUCAAGGGAAAGGGGAAAAAGAUUGUCUGUAAAUGCAGAUGAAAUAACUUCAUUUUAAAAUACAAAUAAUAGUAGGUUUGGUGUAUGUAGGUUUAAAAUUAUAGUGAUGAGUAGUCAAACUUAAUAUACAAUCAGUUCUUACAAAUAUUUUACACUUAGCUGCCAUUACACAACAAAUUGGAAUUUUGCAGCUGUUCAACUAUCAUGGACUCUGUACAGGAUAGAUGUGUAUAAUGGGAAAUAUGUACUGCUUCUUUCUUUGAUUGCCACUCAGGAUGGAAACACCAUGCCAAGGCAUUUUGGUUAUACACAGAUCAUUCUAAACCUGUUAUUUUGGAGAGGUAUAUUGGUUUCUUUCUCAUUUAUAAGGCUAUUGUAUUUUUUUUCUAUGUGAUUCAGGUGUAUUUAUUUGAAGACUAUUUGUAAUUAUAGGAAAACCACACCUACCUGUAUUGCCAAAUUCUUUGUAAACUCUCCGUGGCAUUUGUGCUUUCCUGGCUGAGAGCUCUCCCCUGUUGAUACAGCUAUGGCACCAUUGUAAUUACAGGUGCACCUUUCAGGUGCAUCUCCAUUAAAUGGUUCCUAGAUGAUUUAAUAAAAAGAAACUUCUUAGUUGAUCCAGAGCAAUGUCA